GGAACUCUCUACUUACUUAUCUGUUUGAACUGUCUAGACCGCAAUAAAUCUUCUCCUGUCGAAUCUUGUAGGCUUUAUUUGAUUCUCUUCUCACGAUCUAACAAUGCGUGGCAAAACAGACUGCUUUGUUCUUGCUUUUGCAACCUUUGGAGGCCUCGCAGCCGCAGAGAAAGGCGCUGCCCAAAUCCAUGGAUGUGUCUGGGUGAACACGAAGCCAGUCAAGCCUUACAUCGUCAACUGGAGUCCUGGAUCUUCAAGCGACAGGUGCAUGCGACUUACGGGUUCCGCUGCAUCCAUGACGGUCUCGGACAAAGGAAUUAUUUGCCAAGACCUGGGAAAGGUUGCCGUCGACUCCAGCGGGACUUGUUACUUCAAACAAAGCUGGUGGGGGCUUUCAUAUACAUCCACCGCCGCCUACUCGGGUUCGACCAAUAGCCGGUGGACUACAGGACCGGCCAAUUCGGAUGUCACUCUCUACGAUUAUAGUCCUGGUACUAGUGUCUGCUCUAGCAUGGCGCAUUGUCCAAACACUUACGUUGAGUGGUCCAACGGUGCCAAUGCUAGUCUAUAUUUCGUCUUCACACCCGGCGCGGUGGGCGAUCCGGGAAAAAAGCCCCACGACCCCGAUGACCCCGAUGACCUUGCUGAAGAUGAAUUUGGGUCAGGUGAUAGAGAAAGUGUGAAAUUAAAUGUACAGGUGCCGGAACUUGAGAUCUAGGUUGGGAAUAUGCGUAUUCCGUAGAAAGAAUGAGUGAAGGUACACAUCUAGACGCAAAUAAUGGAUAGUGGCUUAGGGAAUGAGUUGAGAAUCAAGAGUGCGUUUCUUAUUAUUUACCAACAAUUAGUGAAUGAUCUUUUUCACCUUUAAAGUUCUCGGGUCGUCCCCCUUAUUCGUGAUAGCCCGUAAGCCUCAUAUUUAGUCACCUUCAUAACUCUAUAGAUUUCGACUGUUACUGAAGACACUGUAUGGGAUCUUUUCAUAAAACCAACGUUUCCUGAUAGACUUCCGGUAAAGAGAAGAAAAUCCAGUGCUCAAGGUGUUUACGUACUUUGACUCGAAAAGAGAAGCAAAGGUACGUUUGUCGAACAUGGAUAUCGG